AAAGCACGCAACGUACGCUCUCCGCAGAGGCUCUCUGCAGCCGCAGCCACAGCAGUUUUUAAGCACAGACGGCAGCGGGCAGUCGGCAGCAGCAGUGCGGACCCAUUCAGCAUCGACGACGACGAGCGCGCGGUUUCGCGGCGCGUUUUCAAUACGAGAGAUCACCGAGUGCGAAACAACGUUCGGUAACCAACGCUCAAGUGCAACGUUUUGAGCAUUUUUAACUCAAAAUAAAAUUUCAAACGUGCACAACCACUACACGAACUCGAACAUUCCAUACGCACGCAUUUAUUUUGAUGAUAUUGUUGCGCCCGGAAUCGGCCGGAUCGCCAAUGAAUAUGUAAGCGUGUCGUGGACCGAGCUGAUGUUGUGCACCGCGUGCAACCCCACGCCGGAGUGAGGGCCGCGGCCGACAGGGAUUGUCUUGCUACACACUGCGCCCGCCAUGAGCACUGGCCCCCGGCUUACACCUUUACUUUUCCUCUUACAUAUAGUUUAUAAUUUUGAUACAGUAUUAGGAGGUACUUGUUGGUCGGCGAUGGUGCGAAACGGCAAAUGCACGGAACUGAUAAGCGAGUCGUCCACCAAAGAAGAAUGCUGCGCCCGUUUCGGCAUCGCUACCGCAUGGUCGGGUGAGCACCACGAUCCUGGUGCCCUUUUCUUCUGGCGUGUCCUAGGUGGCGGUGUGCCAUGCACCCCCUGCAAAGAAACAUGCACUGGCGUCGAUUGUGGGAAAGAUCGUGUGUGUGUUGUGAAAGGCGGCCGACCACGCUGCAUCUGCGCACCGAAGUGCGGGAAGGAAGCCAAACACCAUCCGAAGGGCGCCGUUUGUGGCACUGAUGGCCGUAGCUAUCGCAAUGUUUGCCGACUGAAGAAACGUGCGUGUCGACGACGCAAUAGCAACUUAAGCAUCGCCUACUACGGUUUUUGCCAAAGUUCCUGUGAUAACAUAAAAUGUCCUAGCGGCAAACACUGUCUUUUGGAUCAGAAUCUCUCACCGCACUGCGUCAAGUGUACUAGAAAAUGCCCAGCGGCCAACCCAGUCCGUCGGCGCGUUUGCGGAGCUGAUGGUAUUACAUAUCCAAGCACAUGUCACCUUCGUGAAAAGGCGUGUCGUCAUGGGGCCGCCAUUCCGGUAGCUUACAAAGGCGCGUGUCGCGCGGGCGCCACCUGCAAGAAGAUACGAUGUCGUGACGGGCAGACGUGCCUACAGGACCCUGUGGCUGGUACGCCGCGGUGUGUCACUUGUCUGCACCACUGCAAGCCGAGGCACAUGUACGGCCCUAUUUGCGGUAGUAAUAAUAGUACUUAUACAUCCUGGUGCACGAUGAUGCAGGAUUCCUGUUCAAAGCGAUAUGUAAUCGAAACGAAAUAUUCCGGAAAAUGCGUAAGUUAAAUUGAACAACGAUUUAUAUUAACGGACGACUGCUUAAAUUUACUGAAGAGAAAUAUACGGAAAACCAAAGACGAGUUGCAAUGAAAGCUUUUCUUGGGUGCGAAAGUACUAUUUUAUUAAUUGUUUAAUUUUAAUUACGAAAGUAUUACGAGAUAAAAAAUAUUGACCAGAGAAACUAGUUUUUUAUGUAAAUAGUUUUAUUUUUCUAUUUAUUUUUUGAAAGGAUUAAUCGAAACGAUAAUUAUGCUUGUUAACAAUUAAUAUAAUUAACAAUGUUAUACCAAAUUAUCGUUUACGACAUUAAUGUUAAUUUUAAAUGUACUAUAACGUUAUAUUCCUGAUUUUUAUUAAUAUUGUAAUUAUUUAUUUCGGAAAGAUAAGGUAUAGUAGUCAUACACUAAUGAAGCGGACUCGUUGAACCUAAAGUCUUAAUAAAGAUAACGCAAUACAUAAGCUUCUAAUGUCUUCGUCACAUAUCUAUAAUCGUAAUUAACUUAUGAAAACGAGCACGAGGUUAGGUAUUAUAGUUGUGUUCAUUCAAGUGAAUCAAUUAAUCGGCGGCGACACUUUGCUAGAAAAAUGAAGUAUACCUACUAAUAAACUGUAGUGAAAUAAAAUAUAGAACCAAUUCGUAAAUAACCAUGUAUCGAUAGCGACAAAUAAAUCUGUAAUGAACUACGUAUUUACAAA